UUAAUGCAUGGCCCUGCCAUAGUCAGGGAGAGCCUGAGAGAUGUGCCUCAGAGCAGGAACGUUUUGCUUACAGCUUGAGAGUUAAAGUUAAUAUGUAGACCUCAGCUCCACAGAGUCUAAGGACAACAAUAUGGAUAGUAAAUCCAUUUUGGAAGAACUGCUUCUCAAAAAGUCACAGCAAAAGAAGAAAAUGUCACCUAUUAAUUACAAGGAGCGGCUUUUUGUUCUAACCAAAACAAGCCUUUCCUACUAUGAAUAUGACAAAAUGAAACGAGGAAGCAGAAAAGGAUCGAUAGAAGUUAAGAAAAUCCGAUGUGUGGAAAAAGUCAACCUUGAGGAGCAGACACCCGUGGAGAGACAGUAUCCAUUUCAGAUUGUGUACAAAGAUGGGCUUCUUUAUGUCUAUGCGUCGAAUGAAGAGAGCCGAUGUCAGUGGUUGAAAGCGCUGCAAAAAGAGAUACGGGGCAACCCCCACCUGUUGAUCAAGUAUCACAGUGGCUUCUUUGUGGAUGGGAAGUUCCUGUGUUGCCAGCAGAGCUGCAAAGCAGCCCCAGGAUGCACUCUCUGGGAAGCAUAUGCUGAUCUGCACAUUGCAAUCAGUGAUGAGAAACACAGAGCCCCCACUUUUCCAGAGAGGAUACUGAAGAUCCCAAGGGCAGUUCCCAUUCUCAAAAUGGAUGCAUCAUCCUCAAGUGCCAUUCCACCCCAAUAUGACAGCCACUUAAAGAAAAGUUAUGACUCCCAGCCAACCGUCAACAUACGCUAUAUUCCAAGGGAAGACUGCCCUGACUGGUGGCAAAUAAGGAAACCGAAAAGUGAGGAAGACAUUGCCCGCAGUAACCAAUUGGAAAGAAAUAUUGUAUCUCACAGCCCCUCAAAGAUGUCAUGGGGAUUCCCUGAGUCAAGUUCAUCUGAAGAAGAGGAAAAUCUGGAUGCUUAUGACUGGUUUGCUGGGAAUAUCUCCAGGUCACAAUCUGAGCAGUUACUGAGACAAAAGGGAAAAGAAGGCGCAUUCAUGGUGAGGAAUUCCAGCCAGAUGGGGAUGUACACCGUGUCCUUAUUCAGCAAGGCUGUAAAUGACAAAAAAGGAACUGUCAAACAUUAUCACGUGCAUACCAAUGCUGAAAAUAAAUUAUACUUGGCUGAAAACUACUGCUUUGAUUCUAUUCCAAAGCUCAUUCACUAUCACCAACAUAAUUCAGCAGGCAUGAUCACAAGGCUCCGCCACCCAGUGUCAACCAAGGCCAACAAGGUCCCGGUGUCUGUGGCUCUGGGAAGUGGAAUUUGGGAACUGAAAAGAGAAGAGAUCGCCUUGUUGAAGGAGCUGGGCAGUGGCCAGUUUGGAGUGGUCCAGCUGGGCAAGUGGAAGGGGCAGUAUUCUGUGGCUGUAAAGAUGAUCAAGGAGGGCGCCAUGUCAGAAGAUGAAUUCUUUCAGGAGGCCCAGACCAUGAUGAAACUCAGCCAUCCCAAGCUGGUGAAAUUCUAUGGCGUAUGCUCAAAGAAAUACCCCAUCUAUAUAGUAACAGAGUAUAUAACGAAUGGUUGCUUGCUUAAUUACCUGAAGAAUCAUGGGAAAGGACUAGAAAGCUCCCAGCUCUUAGAAAUGUGCUAUGAUGUCUGUGAAGGCAUGGCCUUCUUGGAGAGCCAUCAGUUCAUACAUCGGGAUUUGGCUGCUCGGAACUGUUUGGUGGACAGUGAUCUCUCCGUGAAAGUCUCAGACUUUGGAAUGACGAGAUAUGUCCUUGAUGACCAGUAUGUCAGUUCAGUAGGAACCAAGUUUCCAGUCAAGUGGUCGGCCCCAGAGGUGUUUCACUAUUUCAAAUACAGCAGCAAGUCGGACGUAUGGGCGUUUGGGAUCCUGAUGUGGGAGGUGUUUAGCCUAGGCAAGCAGCCCUAUGACUUAUAUGAUAACUCUGAAGUGGUUGUGAAGGUCUCCCAGGGCCACAGACUCUACCGGCCCCAACUAGCAUCAGACACUAUCUACCAGAUAAUGUACAGCUGCUGGCAUGAGCUUCCAGAAAAGCGCCCCACAUUUCAGCAACUCCUAUCUGCCAUAGAACCACUCCGGGAACAAGAUAAGCCAUGAAGAGAAAUUUCAGAAUGGUGAUGAAAAUGAAUAUAAACAUUGACCAACACUCUCAUUGUUUGUAAGGGGAGUAGAAAGACGCCAUGUAUUAUAGCUAGUUCUUAAUAAUGGUCUGUGUAUUGUUUAACUGUUAUAUUACCUACCAAGAAAAGCAAGGUAGGAAACAAGGUAUUUCUUUGAAAUUUAGCUUAAAUUGGUCAUUUUUGUUUGUGCUGCUUUUAAUGUACUACUUCCCAGACUAUGGUAGAAGUUCAUUUUUAGAUUACACUUUCCAAAGGGUGUGUACUGUGUAUAAAGGGAGAGCGGGAUUGAAAAGGUAAUUUGUUGGGAGUUCAGUUUUUUUCUAUUGGCACUUGUGUGGUAAUUAAAUAUCUUUUCAAGAACAGAAAUGUGUAUGUUUGCUUCUGUAUGAGAAAUGUCUCAGGCAUUUGAAUAUUUGUUCUCCAGUUUGUGGCACUGUUUGUAGAGGUUUAGGAAGAAUGGCCUCGAUGGAGGAAUUAUGUCAAUAGGGCAGGCUUUGAGAGCUUAAGGCUUCACCCUACCUGUAGUUUACUUCUUGCAUGCAGUUCAAGAUGUGAGCUCUCAGAAGCUGAAGAAGUGGCUUAGUGGUUAAGAACACUGGCUGUUCCUCCAGAGGACACAGGUUCAAUUCCCAGAACUGCACAGUGGCUUACAACUUGUCUAUGAAUCCAGUUCUAAAGAAUAUUAUGGCUUCUUCUAGCCUUCACGCGUACCUAGUACACAUGUGGUACACCAACAUAUAUACAAGCAAAGAAGAAAACUAAAGGGUGGGAGCUCUCAGCAUCCUGCUCUGUCUGCCAUGUCUGCAAGUAGCCUUUGACCUGCCAUUUUGAACUCUCUCUCUGGAACUAUAAGCAAAAUAAAGCCUUUCUUCUGUAA